GACUCUCCACUGCCCACAGAGCUGAGAGAAGAGGUAAUUGGCAAGUUCCAACUUGAGUCUUCUCCGGCGAAUAAAACUACGAUUUUCUCCCGAUCGCCGGCAGCGGAGUGGAUUCCGCUGAGAUUCGUCUGAAUCUGUUAGGGUUUCUCGGGAAGGUGCGAAUUUUUUUCCGAUUCGGAGCUAGGGCGGCGGAAGUUUUAACGAGUCGAUUCUUUGUUGGAGGACAUGGGCGGAUCGCUGGUGGAUCGCGCCACUAAUGACGAGCUUAUCGGCCCGGAUUGGGCGAUGAACAUCGAGAUCUGCGAUAUCUUAAAUCGCGAUCCCGGGCAAGCAAAGGACGUUGUAAAAGGCAUAAAGAAACGUCUCUUGAGCAAGAAUCCUAAGGUUCAGCUUCUCGCACUAACGCUCCUGGAGACGGUCAUAAAGAAUUGUGGGGAUAUUGUCCACUUGCAAGUAGCGGAGAAAGACAUACUCCAUGAGAUGGUGAAGAUAGUGAAGAAAAAGAACCCUGAUUUUCAUGUAAAGGAAAAGAUAUUGGUAUUGAUAGACACUUGGCAGGAAGCUUUUGGUGGCUCACGGGCUCGAUAUCCACAGUAUUAUGUUGCAUAUCAGGAGUUGCUGCGUCUUGGUGCUGUGUUUCCUCAAAGGUCCGAGAGACCUGCACCUGUAUUAACUCCUCCACAAACACAGCCGUUGGCUAACUAUCCUCCAAAUUUGAGAAAUUCUAACUAUGGAGAAGAUUUACCUGAGGCUUCUGCCCCUCAUGAUUUUCCUACGUUGAGUGCUACAGAAAUUCAGAAUGCUCGUGGAAUUAUGGAUGUGCUUGCAGAGAUGCUCAAUGCUUUAGAUCCCGGAAACAGAGAGGGGCUUAGGCAGGAGGUUAUUGUUGACCUCGCCGAGCAAUGUCGUUCGUACAAGCAACGAGUGAUGCAGCUUGUGAAUUCAACCUCGGAUGAGGAGCUUCUCUCUCUCGGGCUUACUCUUAAUGAUGAUCUGCAGCGUGUUUUGGCAAAACACGAUGCCAUUGCAGCUGGAAUUGCUGUUCGCGUCGAGAAACCGAAGUCUCUUCAGGCACUCGUUGAUAUCGAUGAUUCUAAAGCAACGAAAACAGAUAGCAGCAAACAGCCACAGCAAAGAUCUUCCACAAGCACGAGUAGUGGCCCAUCCCCGUUCGAGCAAUUAGCGUUGCCCGCUCCCCCAGCAUCGAAUGGUUCCGCAACUGCUGCAAAAAAGGUUGACCCUCUUAUAGAUCUGCUAAGCGGCGAUGAUUUCAAUGCACCCACAACAGCAAAUCAGCUCGCCCUUGUUUCCGUCAGCGAGCCAGCAGCUUCGCCUUCGCCGCCUAAUCAGAACAUUCUCGCUCUUGUUGACAUGUUUCCUCAGAGUAAUAAUAACAACAGCAAUGCCAAUCCUUCAAGUCCUUUUGGCUCUACUGCAGGAUUUCCGGCAUCACAAACUCCAAUUGCUGCUUCACCCCAGCUUCAGCAGACAGCCUACUGUUUAUUCCAAUGAAGGCGCUCCGAGGGGAACGGAAACUCAGUUUGAGCAGGCGAACUAUAUUGCAGGAGCUCAAAUGAAUCAUGCAAAUCCUAGCUGGAAUGGCCAGCAGCAAUCGCUUGGCUAUGCAGGUAUGCCCAAUCAAUCAGGAGAUUUGCCCCCACCACCAUGGGAGUCUCAACCCUCACCGACCACCCAAGUAGCCGGUGAAAACCAGCAAAUCCCUCAAGCAAUGCAACCAACUCCGAUGAUGGGGAUGCAUAGUCCUACAGCGAUGCAAAACGGCCUUCCUGGAGGGCUACACAACCCUCCAUUGCAGGCUGCUCAAGCUGGCGGAUUUUUUCCUCAAAAUAUGCCAGUGGGAGGAAUGUAUCUUCCACAAAUGCAGAUUAACCAAGCCGGAGGUAUGUAUAAUCAACCAAUACCUGCAGGACCCUACGCUGCCAUCCCUCAGCAACCUUUGUAUGGAAUCCAGAUGACUGGUUAUUUACAACAGCCACAAAUUUAUGAUCAAAUGAGACCAAUAUACCCAUACCCAAACCCUAAUGAUGUUUCUCAAAGAAUCUAUGGCCUCUCCAUGCAAGAAAACACAUACAUGAACCCUAACUCAUAUUAUCAGAGACCAUCUUCAUCGUCAUACUUGCCAAUGUCGAACAACAAGCCACAGAAGCCCGAGGAUAAACUAUUUGGGGAUCUUGUUAAUAUUGCCAAAUCGAAGACAAAUAAACCCAUUAGUAAAGUAGGGAGCUUGUAAAAUUGAUGAACUCCAUUUGUGCUUUACUUCAAAUUGUUUUUAGUUUUGAGUAUUUUCUUCCACUGAUUCAGUGAUUCCACACAUAUUCAUAUUCUUGUGUUUCAGAGUUGUUUUGUAUUAAUGUUUUCUCUGUUGAUUUCUCUGUUGUAUAUCUUCAC